GCUCACAAUUGCAAGGAGAGAGAAGAAGAGAAGAUAAGCACGCAGAGUGUCAUCUAGUCAGCAAAACCAAAAGUGGAGAGUGGACUCUCAUAUAUUCUUAAUUCCUGGGCCUUAUCCAACUCAACCCCCAAUCCAAUCCAAACCAAACCAUAUUUCAAGGCAGCCGCGGCGACCCACCGCCGACACACCCUCCUUUCAUUUCAACUGCCAACUACUCUCUCCCAUGGCUUCCUCUUCCCUCUCUUUCUCCCUUCUCUUCCUUCUUCUCAAUCUCUGUUACGCUCAAACCUCCGCAAUUUCUCUCACCCUCCCUUUGACAAAAGACGAUGCAACGCUUCAGUACCUGACAACUCUCUCCUACGGCACUCCUCUUGUGCCCACCAAGCUCGUGCUUGAUCUUGGAGGUUCACUCCUCUGGGUUGAUUGUGCCUCCCGAACCACCCCUUCUUCUUCUCUCACCACCGUUUUUCUCCGCUCUGUCCAAUGCCUCACGGCGCAAAGCCCUGAAAUUGAGACCCAAACGUGGCUUCAAAGCCUUGCAAACCCUGCAGAUCAGGACCAGCCAUGUCAAGUUCCUGCAGAGAACAGUUUUACAGGGAAAAGGGUCACAGAAGGAGAGCUAGUCGAAGAUCUCGUGGCUUUGAAAUCAACGGACAACAAGAUUGAACCCACUUUGCAAACGCUCUUCACAUGUUCACCAACUCUACUGUUGAACGGGUUAGCAGCUGGUGCUAGAGGCAUGGUGGGUCUGGGUAGAUCUCGCACUUCUUUUUCUUCACAGGUUUUCCAUUCACUCACCGCCCAAAGAAAAAUCACUCUUUGCCUCUCUCCUUCUUCUGGGGUUGUCCUAUUUGGCAAAACGCCCCAUGAAUCUCAACCUGGCUCUGAAAUCCUCAGAUCUCUAACGUUCACACCCCUCGUCGCCGACCAAGACCAGACAUACCCUUCUAUCAACGUUAAUUCCAUCAAAAUCAACGGAAAAAAGGUGUCUUUCAACACCCCAUCAUUGUCACAAGAGGGUAACGGAAUGACUCAAUUGAGCACGGUUUUGCCUUACACCACUCUCCAGAGUUCCAUCUAUUCUAACUUCGAGAGUGCGUAUUUGAAGGCUGCAUCGUCUAUGAACAUCACCAGAGUGGAUCCAGUGGCACCCUUUGGGCUUUGUUUCAGCUCCAACGGUGUUGGGAGCUCUCAGGUUGGGCCAAAGGUGCCGGUUAUUGAGUUGGUGUUGCAGAGUGAGAUGGUAAAGUGGAGCAUACAUGGAAGAAACUCCAUGGUGCGGGUUAGCGACGAUGUUAUGUGUUUGGGGUUCUUGGAUGGAGGUUUGAACCCUAGAAAUCCCAUUGUGAUUGGAGGGUAUCAAUUGGAGGAUGUGUUGGUGCAGUUUGAUUUAGAUACUUCCAUGGUGGGAUUUAGCUCUUCACUUUUGAUGAGGCAAAUUAGUUGUUCUGAUUUCAAACCCGGUUCCAUGGCUGCACAGUCUGUAUGAGUUUGACCCUCAUCUUGUGAUAAAUGAUUACCCAUACCACAUAGUUUUCUUAGAUUAAGGUGAGAUCUGAAGAGUUUAAUAGGUUUUGUAAUAAUCUUUUUUCCUUUUUUUUGACUCCCUCGCGGUAUGUGUAUACCACUGCUUAUGGCGUUGGCAUUUUUGGUUCAAUGUUUAAUUUUGAUAUUGGGAAUCCUUCUUCCACUGUAAGGAAAAUUGAAAUCUGUUGAGUUACCCCAUUGGAAGCGUGUGAUUGACUAUUUUAUUUUAUUUUUCUUAUUUGGUCUGUUUUGAUGAGAAAUGGAAUUCGUUGUGGAAUAUUGAUAAUGCGAAAAGCAUAUCCAUUAUAAGGCAAAGUUAAGAUACAGUAAUACCGCACACUGUUUUAUCCCAAAAAACAAAAGAUGUGGCGCAAAGAAUAUUUCUUUUUAUUCGUUCACGAUGCUGUCUGGUUAAGGAGUACAGAAACAUGAUAUUUACUUUUCGCCACAAAAUAAGGCUUCUGGACUGAAACCAUUCUUUUCCUUUGAUGGUCAAUUCAAAUAAGCUUGCUAUGUUGUCGGUGGCAUAGGUUAUAUAUUUCAAGCUUGUUACGCUUGGUAAUUCAAUUUUCAAUGUUGAAAUUAAUUUGAUACAAAUUUAUUUUUUGCUGUCGGAAUAUAAUUUUGUGCUGAAUUCUGACAUUGAUAUUAUCUCCGUAA